AUGGGGUCACCGCCCAAACAAACCAGCUCGAGUGCCAACGACAAGCCUAGAACGGAACCAGAAGUUUCCGGAACUUCCAACUCACCUCCAUCUUCAUCCUCGCUAGAAAUACCCGACCCCAACCACGACGUCCCGGGUAUAAAUGCCGCUGAGGGAGAGGGUGAAAACAUUGUCGAGAGCCUAAGACAGCAGGUGGAGCAUGAUCGGAACCUUCUGAACACUCUCUACAAGGAUUUGGAGGAGGAAAGAAAUGCAUCAGCAAUUGCCACCAAUGAGGCCAUGGCCAUGAUCACUCGUCUGCAGGAGGAAAAAGCCGCGCUCCACAUGGAGGCACUGCAGUACUUGCGUAUGAUGGAGGAGCAAGCGGAGUAUGAUAUGGAGGCUCUGGGAAGGGCUAAUGACAUGCUGGCUGAGAAAGAGAAGGAGCUGCAGGAUUUGGAAAUCGAGCUGGAAUUUUACCGGAACAAUUUUCUGGAUGAAUCGGGGGUGCAUAAUUUGCAGAGCGAGAAUAAUCGGGCUCCUGUCGUGCAUUCGGGGGAGAAUGGGGUUCUUGAAGCGAGUAAUGGUUCUUUAACGAUUUUUGAGGAGGAAAGGGCAUAUAUAUUGCAGAGUUUGAAGAAGUUGGAGAAAAAGCUGCUUCAGGAAAAAUCUAAUCACUUGCCUAAUGGUAUCGACCCGGUUCGGAAUCAUGAGGGUUUAUUGGCUAAGCAUGAAAAGGAUAGCAUGCUUGUGGAGGAUGUUAUUAUUCCCCUAUCGAAUGGAAAUGUUGAUAGGGACACGGACAUGAACAUGAAUGAUAAUGUUUGCCAGAAGGGCGAAAAGGUCUUGGAAAAUGGAGGUGAAAUGAAUUCUGGUAACAUGGAGAGGGAAAUUAGAGAGCUUUAUGAAAGAUUGGAAGCACUUGAGGCAGAUCGGGAUUUUGUGAAGCGUACUUGCGUCCUGAUCCAUAAUGGGAAGGAUGGAUUGGAGUUAGUUCAGGAAAUAGCCCGCCAGCUAUGUGAAUUGCGGAAGACAGAAUUUAAGAAAAGAUGA